AUGAGCCUACACAUGGCGGCCCAGAACGAUGCUGGGCCCUCAUCGGGCUCACGGUGCACCGAGACUGGCGUUCGAAGGUGCAAAACCGUCAGUCACGCUUCGUCUUCUGACUCGCGUCCUCGUCCACCUAAUGCUUCCGCGGUUGCCAACUCUUUGACAUUGAAAGGACUCGCACUUCCUAUCGAUCUGUACGAUCAGACAUUCGGAUUUCCCGAAAGCCGCACGGCGCUCCGCGAACCUGCCCUCAGCCCUUCCAGGCGCGGCGAGACGCUGCGUGCCUAUUCUCGCCAGCGCCGUGUGUUUCCUGACGGCGAAGAGCGACCACCAACCAGCCCAGAACAAUCCACUUCUACUCUGCCGCCAUUGAGCCCGGUCUCGCGAUCGAGCCGUCGACUCCACUCUGCACGCAAUUUGACUUACACAAGCGCCCCUGCCAACGCGAUAGGGUCCUCUUUGCUCUUUGCACCCAGCGGCCAGGCUACUGAAGCCACCGAGGGCGAAUUCAAGCCCGCACGUCCUCGCAUCGACACACCUGCCGACGAGCCACCGUCAUCAUUGUCCAGCACACCAAGCCUCACCAGCCCGACCUCGACGCUGUCACGCUCUACCUCGCUUCGUUCGGCAGCUUCCGACCGCUCCAACUUGAUGGGCGGCACGCGCUACCUUUCGCUCAAUGGAUCCUCCGAUCUGUGCAGCACAAAGGGGGAUGCUGCGGCGUCAAACUGGCCUCGAAGGGCGAGGAGAUGGUCAAACACCCUGUCGCACACGAUGAGUUUCAGCGCCUUGAAUCAGACCAUCCAAUCGACGACCUCGCCCUAUCUCAAAGCCGGUCUUCAGGAGCUGCGCUCAAUCUUCGACGUGGACACCCUCGGUGCUGCUGUCGACGACCAAGACGACACGGAUCUCGAAGGCGCCUCUCCCACCGAUCGACGCGCGCUGGCCUUCGGUGAACGAGAUCCUCUGGGUCUCUUCGGCUCUGGCGAUGCUGCUUCAGCGGCCGCGUUUUCGCGCAGCCAGGCUGUUUUCGAGUCUCCCGAAGCCAUGUCACCCAAUUUGUCUCGACAGAGCAGCUCCGAAGACCGUGAGCCCCUUCCUCAAGACGCAACAGGCCGGCAUAGCAUCGGCUUCCGGAGUCAACGUUACCCUCCCCCCGUGACCCACCGUCGGGUACAGUCGUGGCGCAAACAUCGUAGCCUCUCCAUCUCGAUGGAUCCGAGUCCCUCCCUCCUUGCACCUGCACCCUCAAAGGGAUCCGCUUGCGACCCGCACAGAGGAUCGUCGGAGUCUUUCUAUUCCACACGCACCGCGUCGGCGCGGUCGCUGUCGAUUCGCACGCCGCUCCUAGCCGUCGGAUUGGCAGCGCUGAGCAUCGUCAUCGUCGGCGUCUGCGCCUUUGAAACCUCGCUACACCCGGACGCCGCUUCACUCCCUCUGACAACCUUCAUGCUGGCACAGUCGGUCUUCGCCCUGGGAGGCAUCUCGGGAUUGGCACUGCAGAGACGCUGGCUCAUUGACCUUGCCUCGCGCCUCAUUCGAGCACACGUGCUGUGUCAGGUUCUCAUCGCUCUGGCCGCUCUCCACAGCUUGAGCCGCACUGCUUUCCACCAUACCCGUUCCCAGCGACAGACUUUCACGGAAACAGCCGCUGCUGGCGUGCUUACCUCUCCGCGCUUCUUCGCGUCGUCCCCACAUGCGGCGGAUCCACACACGUCGUCGGUCGGAUCGUUCGGCGAUCAGGCGACGUACAUGUGCGUCUUUUUGGUUCAAGCUGCGCUCCCUUUGGCAGGUGCGCUGUGGGCUCAGUACGCGCUUGCCACAGCACUCAGCCGCAUCAGCCGCUCGCUUCCGUUGGCUGGUGGUGCAGCUAAGCAACGUCACGAGCAUUCGCAGCAAGGUGCACCAGUCGCCAAGCCUGUCAAAGCUGCUUCUCACGACGAGUCUCGCCACGCACGCAUGCGAUUCAACAGCGAGAACAGCACCCUGACAGAGAGCUCGUCGCAGACCGCUGUCGGUGGCGCAGCUCAGCGUAGCGAAGGAUGGCUCGGUUUUGUCAUUACUCGUCUCGACGUCGACAAGGACGUCAAGGCUUCGCCCAAAUUCGAGCUCGAUGCCGCAGAGCUGACGACGAGAUUGCAAGAGCUGGCCACGGCAGAAGUCCUAGCUGACUCGUAA